AGACUUGAGUGUGAAAAAUGGCUUUGGCUUUCACUGCUUCAACUGCAAUUCAUGGCUCUCUUUCUUCAUCUUCUUAUGAUCCACAACCCAAAGUAUCAGUAAUAGGUACCACUCAGCCAAUGGAUCGGCCUCAAAUUCCGUUGACAGCAGUGAAUUUAUCUCGGAUCAGGCGUUUGGCUGUGAAGUCAUUGAAUGCAGAGCCGAAACGGAAUGAAUCGAUAGUUCCUUUAGCAGCAACUAUCGUUGCUCCUGAAGUGGAAGAGAAAGCAGAGGAGGCAGAGGAUUAUGAGAAACUGGCAGAGGAGCUAACAAAUGCUUCCCCUUUGGAAAUUAUUGAUAAGGCACUUGAGAAAUUUGGAAAUGAUAUUGCCAUUGCUUUCAGUGGUGCCGAAGAUGUUGCUUUGAUCGAAUAUGCUCAUUUAACUGGCCGGCCAUUUAGAGUAUUCAGCCUUGAUACUGGGAGGUUAAACCCAGAGACCUACCAACUUUUUGACGCAGUAGAGAAGCACUAUGGAAUCCGCAUUGAGUACAUGUUCCCUGAUGCAGUUGAAGUUCAGGCCUUAGUAAGGAACAAGGGCCUCUUCUCUUUCUACGAAGAUGGCCACCAAGAGUGCUGCCGUAUAAGGAAAGUUCGACCUUUGAGGAGAGCACUCAAAGGCUUACGUGCGUGGAUCACAGGGCAACGUAAAGAUCAGUCCCCCGGGACUCGAUCUGAAAUUCCCAUUGUUCAGGUAGAUCCUUCUUUCGAGGGAUUGGAUGGUGGAGCGGGCAGCUUGGUGAAGUGGAAUCCAGUUGCUAAUGUGGAUGGAAAGGAUAUUUGGAAUUUCCUGAGAGCUAUGAAUGUUCCCGUGAACUCAUUGCAUUCACAAGGUUAUGUUUCCAUUGGAUGUGAACCUUGUACUCGAGCUGUCCUACCUGGACAACAUGAGCGAGAAGGAAGGUGGUGGUGGGAGGAUGCCAAGGCCAAGGAAUGUGGCUUACAUAAGGGAAACAUCAAGGAUGAAAGUUUGAAUGGUAACGGAAAUGGCGCUGUCCAUGCAAAUGGUACUACCACUGUUGCUGAUAUUUUCGACACCAAGGACAUCGUAAGCUUGAGCAGGCCUGGAGUUGAGAACCUAUUGAAGUUGGAAAACAGAAGAGAACCUUGGCUUGUUGUUCUUUAUGCUCCUUGGUGCCGCUUCUGUCAGGCAAUGGAAGGAUCUUAUGUUGAAUUGGCGGACAAGUUGGCGAGUUCUGGUGUUAAGGUAGGGAAGUUCAGGGCAGAUGGUGAACAGAAAGCUUUUGCACAACAAGAAUUGCAGCUUGGCAGCUUCCCUACAAUACUCUUCUUUCCUAGACAUUCUUCACAGCCGAUUAAGUACGUGUCGGAGAAGAGGGAUGUUGACUCCUUGCUGGCUUUUGUGAAUGCCCUUAGGUGAAAGGCAGAUAGUUUUUUCACGUGAUAGUUUUUUCGCGACUUGAUUAGAAGCAAAUCAGCAAUAGAUAAGGGACUUGUAUAGAAGAUAGGUAGCAAAAUAUACUGUCCUCUUCGUCCUCUGCCUUUUUUUUCUUUUUAACUUUGAUUUUACAGCCAUCUCUGGUAAGAGUUCUGAUUUCUCUGGGCUCAGUUUUGUUAAUCAAUAUAAAUCAAUAUAAAAACAGCUUGCUUUUCUA